GCAUAAGGAAGCUGUUUGGGACAGCCUGACAACGAUUUGGAAGAGAAAAGGAAAUGCAGAAAGCACAGGACAAGGUGGUAGCAAGGGCACUCACUCGGUAAACAAUGCUGCAGGAAUUAAUCAAGCUUCUGCGGGCGCAACAGCAAUGACAAAGGACUCUAUGUCAGUUGAGCUGUUCCACAAAAUCUUAGGAGUAGCUUUUUUCCUGCUCCUGCGCUGUGCUCAAGGUAAACCAGCAGGAAUUCCCCCACUGCCUGGUUUUGCGUGCUUGCCUGAAGAUGGGAUAGAUGAAGGCUUGAUACCAGGUUUCCUACCACUGGUUGAUAACAAAAUGGAAGACAUUAUCUGUCAACUAGAACACUGGAUAUCCAGUCCUGAAGGAGUCCACCACUUGGAAAAGAUAAUAGCAUCUGGAGGAAAAAUAUUUGCUACUAAAGGGAAAAAAGGUGAUUUCCAUAUUACACUGAAAAAAAAAUGCAGAGAUGUUGGAGGGUCUAUUGCCACUCCAAGGAACCCAAGUGACAAUGAUGCCAUUCUGUACUUUGUGAAAAAUUUUAAUACCUACACCUACCUGGGGAUAAAGGAAUCUCUAAUUCCAAGGAAAUUCCGGUUCCUGGAUGGCACACAACUGAACGAUACUAACUGGUAUUUAAAUGAACAGGAAUGUGUGGAGAUGUACACUGAUGGCACUUGGAACGGCAAAAAGCGCAACCAGAAUCGCCUUAUUGCCUGUCAGUUUUAG